GAUGAGGAAGAGCUUGUGUGGAGGGAACUGGAGCCCAUCCUUAUCCCGGGCACGAGUACAGCCGUCAAGGAGAAAGAGACGGUGUCAGCCCCAGCACAGUCAGGAAAGAAGAAAGGCCAAGGGAAUGUCACAGCGAAGUCGAAAUCAUCGUCACCUACAACGGUCGAGGGGAGUGGCGAAGGAGGUAGCAGCUCGUCUCUGAAGAGGAAGCGUGCACAUGGGGAAAAUGGCACGAAUGAUAAUAAGCCGUUCUUGAAGACCGCCAGCUUGUUGAAAGCGCUCCCGAAUCUGGUAGCCGUACCUUCGACGUCGUGACCGUGGGGAGAAUCGUGAUGACUUCGGAGAGAUUCGUCUCCCUCGAGGAUCAGGCGCAGCGUUGUGUAAUAAGGCGUCGGAUGGUGCUGCGGUGAUCAGGGUUGUAGCCUCGAGUAGGUUUGGGCAAGCAAACGAACGACGCCAUCGCCGAACUUCUCAUCGAUGUCAUCUGCCCAUGCGCGCAGCCAGGGAUGCACAUCUUGUGUCUCCAUACUUACUUUUUGCCCUUGUCUUUUUUUCCUGCCUGGCUUGUCAAUCAAUUACUUAUGUCUCCCCAUUUUAUGGAACUGUGUGCCGUGCCGGCACACAAGGGCCUGUCCUUCCCCAAUCUCUUGGACAUGCCUUCUUUUUGCUCUGAGUUUUUCCCUCCCGUAGUCCUAAGCUCUGCUUUUGUCUACGUGCAUACACAUAGCUUGUUCCCCUUCCAUGGGUGUGAUAUAUAGUCAAUCUUGUACUCUCCACUCUCCAUCCAUUCUCCCUGAAAUGGCAUGAGCGGAGGGCUCUUUGGGUCACAGAGGAUGCGUCCUCUGCAGAUGUUCUGCCAGAUGGAAUGCACAACGCGGCGGUGAUUGCCUGCUGCCUUUAUUACAAAAUAUGGCAGGCAGUCUAGGCUCAGAGGUCAUGACAGGUGGCAGUUGUUGCAGUUGCCCAGGUGUUUGUGGUUUUGUAUAUGUAGUCUUCUUUGGGAGAGGAGAGUGCGAUGCUUUUCCUUUCAAGCACCGAGAUCUUCCUUUCUUAAUCUCCUUUCGUUUCUAGUAGUGUCUGUACGUCCCGUUACCUCUCUCUCUCUCUCUCUCUCUCUCUCUCUCUCUCUCUCUCUCUCUCUCUCUCUCUCUCUCUCUCUCUCUCUCUCGCUCGCUCGGCUGCGAUGAAGCUCCAUGUUGACACCAGUGUCUGGCUUAUCUGCGGCGGAUAAAGUUAUCCGCUGUGGGUGAAAAUGCAACACGAAGCAUCAACUGUUCUUCAUUGACCAAGCGUCCGUCCACUGGUGUUUUGAGGAUCUACCUUGGUGGCCCUUCUGUGCUUUUGAUGCACAGCUUUCAUCCAGCUGUUGCUGGGGUGUGUGGUUUUCGCCCUGCACCCCUCUAUCGUGUACAAUGUGCGAUUUGAGUAAUCGUUUUGCGUGGUUGAUUAUGGAAAUGACUCUCUCACCUGUCUCGUCGUCUUGUCAGCAAUGCUGCCUGCAUGAGUUGUCAUAAAGCCUCCCUCUCCCUCAACUCUUAGAUGCGAAACAAUAGCAAUGCUCAAAGACCCACCUCAGCAAUAGACACUGGGCAAGGGAAAAUGAGAAGUUGGUGGGGAAAGAAAGACAUGCACCGAUCCAUCUGUGAUUCUGUAUGCAAUAGAUUAUGGUCUUUUCUGACUUUGCUUGCAGUUUAGCACCCUCUUCUUGUGCCUAUUAGCUGAGAACCUUGUCUGAUCUAGGCUCAUCUGAUCUCUAGUGAGACCCCAAUAACCUGUUGUUCUUUAUUUCAAGGUAGGACAGUGGGGCCUGGCAUGACGACGAACCCCAAUCCGCUAACUUCACAAACGACCCUGGGAGGAGGAGGAGGAGAAGAAGAGGAGGAGGAGGAGGAAGAAGAAGAAGAAGAUGCCGAAGAAGAGGGAGGAGAAGAGGAGGAGGAGGAGAAGCGGGAGGAGCAGGAGGCGGAGGAGGAGGAGGAGGAGGAAGAAGAAGAAAAAGAAGAACACAAGCUGAUGGCUAAGAGAGGAGGACUAGAAGAGGAGGAGGAGGAGGUGGAAGAAGAAAAAGAAGAUGCAGAGGACGGCUCGACAACACCGACAAUACCAAGGCUUUGUUACAUCGGCAUCAACGGCAUCAACGGCAUCAACGACACCACCACCACCACCACCACCAACAACAACAACAACAAUGACAGCGACAGCAGCAGUGAUGACUAUGGCAAAAACGGGGCAAACAACAACAACAACAACAACAACAACAACAACAACAACGGCUGCGACGACCACGGCAGCGGUGGGGUGGAGAGCGACAACAACAACAACAACAACAACAACAACAACAACAAAGGCUGCGACGACCACAGCAGCGGCGGGGUGGAGAGCGAUGUCCGCGCAUCUGAGUUUAUCAUCAGCGGGAUGGGUGAGAUGCCGCGAGCGGACGUGGAGGGGACUGGGGUUGUCCUCGGUAGCAGCAGGGUUGAGUGCGCCACAUCUCAGAUCAUCAUCAGCAUGAUGGGAGAGAUGCCGCAAGCGGACGUGGUGGGGAUUGGGGAUGGCAACGACAACAAUAACGAUGAUGGCAGCAGCAACGAUGACGGCGGCAGCGAUUACCACGACAGCAGCGGGGCAGAGGGCAUCAGCCGGAAGGGAGAGAGGUUGCAUGCUGACGUGGUGGGGAUUGGGGUUGACACGGAUAAGAAGCUUACCAUCUUCCCCUCGGCAUCCCCCUUCAACCUCAUUGUCUGUCUGAGGAUAGGGGUAGGAUAAAAAACAGAGGUCAAAGCCAAGGGCAGAUCAAGUGCUGCAAAACGUGAACCUAAGCCAAAGGUUUUGAAGACCAACUCACUGGCCAGUGCAAAGCAUACGUCUCCAUCAAACGACAACUCAGCAGCUGCUCCUGCAACCCCUCCAGCCAUGCCCCCUUGCCCUGCAUCUGGACAGCAAAUGAUGGUCAGGACCGCCGUGUCCGGAAAAGUUUCGUUCCAGGAGAGGAAUACACUGGAUUACUUUGCAUGGGGAGAGGUAGCACAGUUUGUCAAAGGAAGACUGCCCCCUCUUCAGGCUGCUGAGCUAUUGCCUGUAUCUGGUCCUAUUGCCCAGCUUGCGGUCAGCCAUCAUCACAUGGCCGCCAUAACGACCUCUGGUCACGUCUUCGUGUGGCGCAACAGGCAUGACAACAUUUUCUCAAGGACAAAUGAAUGGGAGUUCAUUCCUGAUCUGGAAAACAAGGACAUUCAGAUUGUCGACAUCGCUGGCCCUGACCUUUGCCGUAAACAGAGUGGAUAUGAACCCCAAGAAGAGGACCAGGUUCCUGACCCCUUUUACCUGGCCGCUGUGGAUAAGAACGGACAAGACUAUGUCCUGGUAGGAUCUCAGGCUCAGGAAAGACCGGUUCGCACAAUGCGAUUGACAGAAGAGCCAAGAUAUCCUGGGCUGAAAGAUGCGUUGGCAUUGACGGACAGUGCAGCCGCGGCUGAGGUUGGGCUAGUCAUUCAGCUAAGUGUAGGAACAGUCGAGGCACCCGACGAGUCGCCUUUCAUUGGCUAUAUAACGGAUCGAGGCCGAGUGUAUAUUAGAUCUGCAACAAAGGACUUCAUGGAAGAAGUCAACACAGUAACUGGAUACACAGGGAAGCCAAUCAAAAUCCAGUGCGGGAGGGUUUAUCAUGCGAUCAUUCUCACCGAUGAUGGAUGCGCCUGGACAUGGGGACGCAGCUCGUUUUCUGCUAGUUCCCCAAUAGGACUGGGAUCACUAUGCGAUACAAGUGACAGUCAGCCUAGCUUGGCAUCUUGCCGGAUUGCUGCCGGCACGCUCUCUGGGCACAAGGUGAUAGAUGUCGGUUGCUAUGGAGAGGAUUUUGUGGCGCUGACCGCUGAUGGGCAAGUGCACCAGUGGAGUUAUGCUGCCACUGAUCAACGGCAGGGCGUCAACACCAUCCCUGGACCACCGCAUUCUGACUACCUUCCGCGAACGUCACCGGAGGACCGUUUGGUCAAGGUGUCGAUUGGUGUAGGUGUGUGCGCCGGGAUAUCCGCGUCCGGAAAGGUUCAUACGUGGAGGAAUGGAAUGACCGGUUGCCUGGUGGGCAUGUAUCUUCAGUUCUGGGAUGCGCUCACACCAUUGGGACGAAAUGAAGACGGCGGUCAGCCAGCGGACACAUGUGUCUCGGCACUGGGAGCACGGGUGGCGUGCGAAGUGAAGUGUGUUGCUGGCUCUCUCAUCCUCGGUGUGUUGAAGAAAGGCCGAGCAAAACCUGCUGCAAAGCGUAAGGUGGAAACGGUAUGAGCCAAGCAUCUGAUGCUUUUGAAGCUUCAUGGGGGGGCAAACUCUUGUUAUGCUGCUGAGCCUGCUGAUUGCAGCAUUGCAUCUCGGCGUCCUCACCAGGAAAACAUCCGUCCUGCCGAAGGAUGAUGCCUGUGCUCGCGGAAUCCGGCUUGCGCUUAAGAAAAUGCUGUGAGUGAAACAACCAGGCUCUUGAAGUGCUUUGCUGUAUAUCAUCCCUUAUCCUCUUUGUGCUCUUGAUUAUGGCCUUGGCCUUUGCUGGGAAUGAUCACUCCUCGACUGCGGGGCCUCUUUAUUUAUUUCACUGAACAAGGGUCCAUGCAAAAAACAGUGAGGCAACCACCUAUAGACCCUGAUGCAUUCUUCUUUGCUGACAUGGAUUAGACCACAAAACACAAACCUUUGUGGAAAUGCCAGCGAAUCAAGUCUCUUUGUCAUGGAAAUGUUGACGUCAAACGGAUUGCUUUGUCGGGACAUGCCAAGGCCUUUCUGUACCGGGGUAUUGGCUGUUUUCUUAGGUUUUCUGCAGUCUUGUUUGGGAAGAUAGUAAAGAUACGACAAGUCAAUCUUCUGACUCUGUCGACGGCUUCAUGGAAGGAUUCUUGUCAUGUGUCCUUUGAACGGUGUCACCAAGUCCCCAGCAGGGAGGCACCCUGUAGGAGGGGAAUGCUUGCUCUUGGACUUAUUGUCUUUCUUAUAGAUUGUGAAGAUGUAUUUGCUGCCCAGGCGGGAUUUAAAUUUAUGUUGUAAUCAACUUCAAAUUCCAAC